GGCAACAUAUAGGUAUAUUAAUGCUGAACAUUGUUUUGUUAUUGUUCAGUUCGUAUAAUGACUGUAACGAUCGGAGACGGGUACGAAAGUGGAAAUCAUUCAUCCGGAUCUAAGGAAUACAAUUCAAGAUGACGUUUACUGUCAAGUUACCAUGGUAACCAUACUGGAAAUAUUUACCUAUUAAAGUGAUAUAAAAUGUUGCCAAUCACGACGAAGAUGUUUUAACAGUACCUGAUGUGAUUAGAACGCUUCAUAGUUGGGACAUUCUGAUUUACAUGGUAAACUUCAGAUGGAAGUUUGGAUAAGUAUUAUGGACUGAAUAAUGAUAAAUUGAUGACAUCCUUUUAUAUACUGAAGUUGGAAACAUUCUUGUCAGCAAAACAACUUAAAUGGACAACACAUAUUUGAAGUAGCUGGUGGACUUGAAAUUAUUUCUAAGGCCAGACAGAAGGAAAAACAUGUCCACUCCAUGGGACUUUCCAUCUUAUGUAUCUAGUGUGUAUAUCUACUUGGCCGCUCCGCCUAUCAUCCUAAGUGUUGGGAUUGUGGGCAAUGCAAUGGCGGCAGUAGUAUUACUGCAAAGGACGAUGCGUUCUUCAACGUCCAGCAUGUACUUGAUCGCACUCGCCUUUGUGGACACAAUUGUCCUCUUAACAGGUUUAGUACGUGAAUGGAUAAAAUAUGGUAUCUCCCCUUAUCGUGAGCAUUUCGGCUAUUGGAUGAUGAAACCUUCAGAUGUGCGAGACUAUACGGAUGCUGGUUGUAAGCUUCACAUGUUCAUACUUUAUACGACUAUCCAUAUAUCUGCAUGGCUGCUCGUAUGUCUUGCGGUGGAUAGGGUCAUCGCAGUGUUCAUCCCCCACAAGUCGAAACUUCUUUGCACUCAUAAUGUUACCCUGGGUGCUAUUGGCGUCACAGUUUUAGUUUGCAUCGCUCUGAACGCACACUUCUUCGUUACAGUUAAGUUGAAUACACGAUCUGGUUACUCUUGGUGUGCUACAAACGGUGACAAGAACAGCACGAAUGCCAAAUGGAAAAAAACUUAUCAAAUCAUCGAUGCAGUUGUCGCAUCGUAUGCGCCUUUCGUAAUAAUGCUAUCAGCAAACCUAAUGAUAAUAGGGAAACUGAUGCUCAUCAAGUACAAACGUGGCCAAAUGGUUAGCUACAGUUCUUCGAAUGACUCGAAACUAAACACCAUGACAGCAAUUCUCCUAACAGUUAAUUUUGUUUUUUUCGUGACCACAUGCCCAAUAGUCGUACUGAAAAAGUACUACACUGUAUGGUUCGAUCUUAACACAUGGGAAGGAUAUAUGAAUAAUGAACUGGCAUUUGCUAUCUGCAACAUACUUUUCUAUCUGAACAGUGCACUAAACUUCCUUUUAUAUUGCAUCUCUGGACCAAGGUUUAGGAGAGAGUUCAUGGUCCUCGUUAGACGAUGCCAGGGUAGGGCGAGAGUAGCACCGGAGGAACUAAGCAUGAACGGCGCUUCCACACGGCAAACUCAACUACACUCACAGACUGUCUUUUCCGUCGCCGAUAAAUAGAAAGACUUGAGAGCUUGAAUCAAAAUCGAGACAGGUAGUAUGAUGAGAGACAAUACGUAUCACCAUGAAUAAAUGGCAUAUAAGCAAACAUCAGUUAUAACUGUGACUGGCAGAAACAUGGAGACAGACAUGUUGACAGCACAAAUAUUGAACUACAAUCUUCAAGAAAGUUUCAAGAAAGUUGAUGCCACAGUUAAAUAGACAAAUGAAGAGCUAGUUAUUCAACUGAGCAACUUCAAACAUCGAAUGUGAACACAUCCGUCAAGUGUCAACUAUAUUGAUCUUAGUUAUUUGCCAUGAUAACGGUGUUGUCUAACUGUCAUCACUUUGAGCAGUCAUUUAUUGUUCGGAUGAACUGGUCACAAUCAGAAUCCGUCACAAAACGGUGCAACGCAUUGUACAUCAGACGCUUAUCCUUCAGGAAACAAGAUGUAAUUGAUCGAUUUGACGUUACACAUGACGAAAAGCCUAACCAUGUAAGAGUAAAAAAUUCCGGAGAGUGAGUUAGAGAAAAAACUCCAGUGAGUGGGAGAUACCAACUGUGCGGUCUGUAUUUAAGACAAGAUGUGCAAUAUACGGUAGCGUUCACUGUGUAAAUGAACAAGUUGCCU